CAUGUAUCAAAAGUCACUAGCAUGUAGGCUGACAGCUAAAAACAAUAUAGGAAUCAACAGCUGGACAUUAGGACCACAAAACCUGGACCGAUAGCCGUUGGAGCGCUACUCGGCAAUCACAAAAGACAGCUUUACAGCACCAACGAUCUGACCAGCGGCUCGCUCUGGCCUCCAGGACCCAAGAGAGACUUGCUGUAACUUGUCCGACCUGCAUUCCAGCCACGUCCCUCCACAGGAUUUCUUCAUGUUCUCCAGCUAAACAUUUGCUAAGCAAACAGGGGGCCCUAUGGAGGAGCAAGAGGAGCCGCAGGAGGCCCUGAGGGGUCUGAACGACCGGCUGAGGGGCUUCCUGCAGCAUGUGGCACAGCUGCAGCGCGACAACCAGAUGCUGCAGGAGAGGAUAGUGGAGUUUGGACGCAGAAGUGGUCAGCAUGAGCAGGAGUGGAGCGCGAGGGAGAGGACAGUGGGGCAGCUACGGGAGCAGAUUAGCCAGCUGCUAAUAGAAAAUGCUGAGUUGGGUCUGCGCACAGAAAACACCAAAUCCAGCGUUUCUUGCCUCCAGAGCAGGUGUGAAGCUGAGGAGAAACUGCGUCUGCGUUUGGAGCGGCGGGUCUCUGAGCUGACGGAGAAAAAGACGGACAUGGAUCUGGCCAACAGCCUGCUGGAGAGACAGCUGAACAGCCUCAGAGAGGAGCUGCUGCUAAUGGAGGAGGAGCAGGAGAGGGAGCUGUUUCUGCAGCAGCAGCAGGCAGCUGAUGGUGUGUUAGCGCAGGCAGCUGCAGAGGAGGAGGAUGGCAGAGGAAUGGAGCUCCGGCACCCCCGUCCCGGCCCCAGUCCAGCCCCAGGCCUCAGGCCCACUCCAGCCCGCACCAGGACGGACACGGCCAUCCCCAACGGAGACGCACCUCCACAGGUGAGCCGAGGUGACGAGGUCUUGCGGGAGGCAAGGGCGGAGCUUACAGAAGUCCGAAAGCGUUGGCACAGUUUACAGGUGGAGAUAGAGUCUCUACAUGCUCUGGAGCGCAGUCUGCAGAGCUCACUGCGACACACACAGCAGCACUACUCGCAGCAGCUUCAGGACCUGUCCUGCUCGGUAAGGGGGCUGGAAGCAGAGCUGGAGGACGUCCGGGAUGGCCUGGCUGCACAGAGGCAACAACAUGGCCAGCUGCUCAACACCAAGAUGAGGCUGGAAAGAGAGAUUGCCACCUACAGGAGGCUGCUGGAACAUGAAGAGGGCAGGUACCUGAGUGUGGAUGGUCAGCCACGGAGGCUGAAGCCCUGGAGAGGCUCGACCCCACUGCUGCAGCAGAACGGCGUGUGUAAUGGCUCUGUGGAAGAUGGUGUCCUCUCUGAGAAACCAGUCAAACUGGGAGCGACACUGCACCGUCAGGGCAGUGUCGUCAUUCUCACAGAGCCCAUAGGCAGCCGAGGCGGGGAGAUUUGCACAGUAAAGACACAGGAGAUUCUGGAUGGGAACGUGGUACGAGAGAGUGCUGAGGGACAUGGAAGAGUGGAAACAGAGAAGAUUGAUAAGGUCAUCAAACAGUGGGAGGGCUCAAUUUUCAAAGGAAACCCAAAGCUGAGGAAGAAAUCGGUGUCUCUGCGUUUUGACCUGCACAUGGCUGUAGCAGACGAAGGCUGCAGUCAGACCAAGCAGGACAGUCUGCCGGACGUGGAAGUUCGCUUGGUCAUGAAACGCUCCCGGAGCAUCCCCACCAUAACACAGUGACCUCACAACCAAGAACUGCUAUUGCCGUCACAACGACGACACAUGUACCCUUCAUCGAAGGACAAGACGUGAUGACAUCACUGUGGCCACAUCAUAAGACUUCUGGUUAAGGAAAAAAAAAUCAGCUAAAUACACCAGAUUUGCACUUUCAUACUGCUACACAUCACUGGUAUAACGUUACAGUCAUUUAUUCGGGCCUUCGCCAACUUGAAUGCCAAGCCUCAACUCCACAUGGAAGCUUCAGCCUAAAAAAAUUCCUUUUCUUUGUUAGUAACUAAGAAAUUACACUGAUUCUUGACAUUCAGAGAUUGGUCUGAUCAAGUUCACAGUACGAUAGUAGCACGAGAUCCGAUCCAAGACUCCAGACACUGAUUGUUAGAUCAGAUUAGCAAGGAGAAACUUUUGGGUUUGUUGUACUGACUCUUCUCUUCCAAUGCAGUCCCACAGUUCGAAACCACUGUUGCUGCGGUUAACGCAAAAGGUCAACUUUGAUUCUUAUCAGAGUGGCGGAAAAAAAAUCUUCAAUCCGAUGAAAAAUAACAAUCCCGAUCUAAUUUUACACCCCAGUGGGCCUCGCUGCGUCUACACAGCUUCUGAAUAGAACUGCAAGCAAGGCAAAAUGCAGCAGACAGAUUCAAACCGAGAUUUAAGAAAAGACUUGGUGGCUAGCGCCGUCCGUUAGGUUUACUGGACAGCGGUGUUACUGUGCAACCGUCAGGCAUAUCGCAUAGAAGAAGUGCUUAGAACACACUGUACUGUGGUCGCCUUCCUAUGAGUAGCAAUUUAACCCACAUCCCUGAUAGCUUUUGAUUAGCACACUUAUAGGCCGUGUUCACAGGUUUGGUAUCUGGCAACAGCUUUUGCUAUUGAUUUCAACGAGAAUAACGCAUUGAUGGACAGUUGAACGUUUGACCGGAAGGCAGUUCACAUCUAAAGUUGUACAAUCCAACCAUAAAGACAGCUAACGACUAGCUCAAACCAAACAGUGAAAUGCUAACGUUCAUCCACGUAGAACGAAGCACUGUUGGAUGCACUGUAAUGUUCAUCCAGGUAGAAUAAAGCACUGUUGGAUGCACUGUAAUGUUCAUCCAGGUAGAACGAAGCACUGUUGCGAUCUUAGCUAAGCUGCAUUCGCUUGAACAAUCCACCUGGAAAAAGGUGCUAGUCAUGCUAGUCAUGAUGCUAGCAGGCUAGCCUUGACAGAUGCUACCAUGUCGUCGUGAACACGGCCGCUAACCAACCGCAUAACUGGUGAUGGACCUUCCCAAACCUUUGUAGACUCCGAGAAACGUGAGAAUUACAUGUUACAGUAAUGCUCCGUUUAAACUCGGUCGCAAAAAGACUGACCGGCCAUCUCCACUGGAUAAACAGGCGUUUGGUGUGAAUGUCCUGUUUGCUCCUAGUUGUCCUUUUUCUAGCCAAACCUUCCGAUUAUUUGCUAACCAGUUGUCGUUCCCAAGUACUAAGAAUAACCAAAUUGCUAACUUGCUUUAAAAUGUCCAUGUGAACCACCGCUUUUUGAGGUGAGCUGUAAGAUGAGGGACUUAUCUCUACAGAUCAUCGAGUAUAAUCUUCUAUGCUAGUUCGAAAUGCACUUUGAAAGACUUUCAACAGCUCCAUUUGCUGUGUGAUGAAUUUUGAUUUAUUUGCUAUCUUUCGGGCGAAAUGUGCAUUGUGUGUUUUAUUUUUUCUAACAGCACAUCAGUAUCAAUUUAAUGAGUAUUUUAUUCUAAUAUAUUCACAUAUUACGCAUUGACAAGAUCUUUGGCCGCUGAACUGUAUGACAGGUGCUGAAAUAAAGCUGAACUUGAACACCGCUG